AGUGCAGGCUCGGCGGAGGCUAUUCAGGCGGGAAUCCUCACGACCACUCAUCCGCUGACGACACGAGCGUCGUUUCGUGUUCAACAAUCUUCACAGUUAUUUGUGUUGGUCAUUAACAAAGCUGGCGUCAAUUCUAGUGGGAUGUCAAAACAAAAUUAUCCAGAAGAGAUACAUUCGUUCGAGGAGUCGGCGUAUGAGUUCGGUGGCUGCGAGUACCGCCUGUGCGUCAGCGCCUCACCCGCGGUAGCCGCAGCAGCACCCGGUGCUUCUGUUGCUGCUGCUGGCGGCUGCGGGGGGCUGACGGUGCGGCUGGAGUUCAGCCUGCCGCGACUGCCCGCGGCCUUCCAGCGCCAGGUGCUGGGUCCGGAGGUGCGGGCGGCGCUGGCGGCGGCGUUCCAGGGCGUGGCGCGGCUGCUGCCGGACACGGCCGCGGCAGGGGGGCAGGAGCAGGCAGCCGGCAGUAGCAGCAGCAGUAGCAGCGGCAGCAGCAGCCGUGUGGCCCUGGACGUGGAUGUGGCGCUGCUGGCGCGGCUGAGUGCGGGCCAGCGCGAGGGCUGGAGCCGCAGCCUGGCGUCGCUGCGGCUGCUGCUGGCGGGACACCCCAUCCGUCAGGUGUUUCUGGCGCUGGAGGCCGGCACGCUGCGGGCGGGGCCGCCGGUGGUGUGCUGCAACACACCCGGCCAGGUGUAUGUGAUCAAGCCGGGCGACGAGGCGGUGGCGCUGGUGUUCCCGCUGCGCUUCAGCAGCCGGCAGGACGUGGCCAUGGGCGUGGCGUGCCUGCAGGAGUUUGUUGAGGCCCGGCGCGGUGCGGCACUGGGCCGGGCGCCGCUGGUGUCGUACAGCAGUCGCGAGCCGCCGGGCGAGAUGGCGGGUGUGGAUCUGUCCAGUCUGCUGCCGCCCACCCUCUCCACCGCGUCCUCACGGACCUCCACCGCCGCGGCCGCAGCAGCAGCCGCGGCCGCCGCCGCCGCCUCUACCUCCAGCGGCGACGCCACUGCCGCUCAGCUGCCGCCGCGGCCUCAGCUGCCUCAGGCCCACCCCCACGCUCACAACGCCUACCCGGGCGGCUUCCUGUCCUUCACCUUCAGCCGCCGCCACGUGACCGGCCCCCAGAUGGAGGGGGUGGUGUGGUCCAUGGCCAGCCUGCACACCUUUGUGGCCUACCACGUCAAGGCCUGCAAGGCUAUGAUGCACAGCCGCAUGCGCCGGCGGGUGGCGGCCAUGUGCGAGCUGCUGGGCGGCCCGGCGGCGGCGGCGGCGGCGGCGGCAGCGGGAGCAGGCGGGCCGGGAGGGGUGGGGGCGGGCGGGGCGCAGUCGCUGGCGGCGGUGGGGCCGGCGGCGGCCGCUGCUGCGGCGGCCGCUGCGGCGCCUUGAGGAGGGCUGUGUUGCGGUGGCGGUGGCGGCUGUGGUGGGGGCGGAGAACCGAGAAUCAUGGACAUCUGAGUGUGUAUAUGUGUGUGAAAGCAGGCCACAGGGGCGGCAGCACGGCUGGGAGCCAGUGGGGGUACAGGUGCAGUAGCGAGGGGGGAAGGACGCUGUGAGGACGCUGCGUGAGGCUGUGUGGUUGCGUGACGUCGAGCUGUCCGGGCAUGGCUGCGCCUCCAGAGAAGAGGAGGGCCACACGGGUAGCGUGCCUGGUCUGGGGCGCGGGCAGAACCGAAGACUGGGUAGCCUCUCAUUCAUCCGCGCGCCAUUGCUGUAGGCCGUGUUACCCUGGGCUGGGUACGGCAUAGCAAGUGUUCACGGAUGCCAGCUGGCCAAGCCUCGUGCAAGACUUGCGAGUGUGAGUCACAUGCGGGGCAGGGGGCUGUCGCGGCGCGCGGGCGUUGGCCCCUGACACUGACGGCGCGGGAGGGAGGCGGGUGCGCCACCUGAUGUGUGUGUGGGGGAUGUGGGAGGCGUGGAGAAGAUGUGCGAUGGGACAGUGGUAAGGCAGGUUGGUAAAGUCCCGUAGGGUGCAACUGAUGCCCAGAACCCAACAGAUAUCACACAAUUGGCAACGGCAGGGCAGGAGUGCGCAGGGGCUCCUGGGAUUGCGCGGCUGGUCGAACGCCGGAGUUACUGAACUGUACGACAAGUUGCUGGCUGGCUGGAAGGCUGGCGUGGAGAGGAGGAGGUCGCACGGCGUGGCAGGGCCGCUAGCUGCGGCAUAUGCGCAGGCCGCUCAUGUGACCAGACCUGCCGCACACAUGGCACCAUGUUGGAGCGGCAGACCAGACCCACACACACAUGUAGCGCUUACAUACA